ACAACAAGAUCAACAGAGGCUGCGAAGAACAAUAUACGUCUUGACCACACAUCAUGGCCGACCAACCUACCAUCCGCCUAGCCACUCCGGAGGGCAAGUCCACCUCAAACACCAUACAAAAAAGCCACCAAAAAACACUUCAGAUGAAUGGAUAAAUACGUAUAUAUACACAACUAAUCCAACCACAAACAGACGUCCCCCUCAUCCUCGGAUUCAUCCGCGAACUCGCCGACUAUGAAAAAGCCCUCCACGAAGUCGAAGCAACCGAAGAGUCCCUCCUCGCCACGCUCUCCUUCCCCACGCAGGCCCCCAAGCGGGGCUCCGUCUACACGGCCCUCAUCACCCCCCCGCAACGGCGACCGACCCAACCCCCAUCCCCGUCGGCAUGGCCCUGUACUUCUACAACUACUCGACGUGGCGCGCGGCCCCCGGCAUCUACCUGGAGGAUCUGUACGUGCAGCCGAAGGCGCGCGGGAGCGGGUACGGCACGCUGCUGCUGCGGUGGUUGGCGGGGCAGGUGCUCGAGGCGAAGGGGAAGAGGCUGGAGUGGAGCGUGUUGACGUGGAAUGAGCCGAGUAUUGGGUUUUAUAAGCAGUUGGGGGCGAAGCCUAUGGAUGAGUGGUUGAAGAUGAUGGUUGAGGGGGAGCAGGCGCUGGGGCAGUUGGCGAGGGGUUGAUUUGUGGUAAUUAUAUUGUGCACUAUGUGUGUGGUGUGACUAUAGCGUGAUUAUAGCAUGAUUAUAACAUGGCCAUAUCCAUAGCUAUCAUCAUCG